UCCAGAGCUAUGGGGACUUCUCUUCGUGCAUUCCUGGUCUUAGGCUGUCUCCUCACAGGGCCAAGCCUAAUCCUCUGCCAGCUUUCAUUACCCUCUAUCCUUCCAAACGAAAAUGAAAAGGUUGUGCCACUGAAUUCAUCCUUUUCUCUGAGAUGCUUUGGGGAGAGUGAAGUGAGCUGGCAGUACCCCACGUCUGAGGAAGAGAACCCCAAUGUGGAAAUCAAAAAUGAGGAAAACAACAGUGGCCUUUUCGUGACAGUGCUGGAAGUGGUCAGUGCCUCGGCAGCCCACACGGGAUUGUAUACUUGCUAUUACAACCACACUCAGACAGAAGAAAAUGAGAUUGAAGGCAGGCGCAUUUACAUCUACGUUCCAGACCCGGAUGUAGCAUUUGUACCUCUAGGAAUGACAGAUUAUUUAGUCAUCGUGGAGGAGGAUGAUUCUGCCAUCAUUCCUUGUCGCACAACUGAUCCUGAGACUCCUGUUAUCUUACGCAACAGUGACGGGGUAGUGCCUGCCUCUUAUGACAGUAGACAGGGCUUUAAUGGGACCUUCACCUUCGGUCCCUAUAUCUGUGAGGCCACCGUCAAAGGGAAGAAGUUCCAGACCAUCCCAUUUAAUGUUUAUGCUUUAAAAGCAACACCAGAACUGGAUCUAGAAAUGGAAGCUCCUAAAACUGUGUAUAAGUCAGGGGAAACAAUUGUGGUCACCUGUGCCGUCUUUAACAAUGAGGUGGUUGACCUUCAGUGGACUUAUCCUGGAGAAGUGAAAGGCAAAGGCAUCACAAAGCUGGAGGAAAGCAAAGUCCCGCUCAUGAAACUGGUGUACACUUUGACGGUCCCCAUGGCCACGGUGAAAGACAGUGGAGAUUAUGAAUGUGCUGCCCGCCAGGCUACCAAGGAAGUGAAAGAAAUGAAGAAAGUCACCAUUUCUGUCCACGAGAAAGGGUUCAUUGAAAUCAAACCCGGCUUCAGCCCGUUGGAAGCUGUUAACCUGCAUGAAGUCAAACAUUUUGUGGUGGACGUGCAGGCCUACCCCCCUCCCAGAAUAUCCUGGCUGAAGGACAACCUGACUCUGAUCGAAAAUCUCACUGAGAUCACCACUGAUGUGGAAAAGAUUCAGGAAAUAAGGUAUCGAAGCAAAUUAAAGCUGAUCCGUGCUAAGGAAGAGGACAGUGGCCAUUAUACUAUUGUAGUUCAGAAUGAAGAUGACGUGAAGAGCUAUACUUUUGAACUAUUAACUCAGGUUCCGUCAUCCAUCCGGGACUUGGUUGACGACCACCAUGGCUCUACUGGAGGGCAGACGGUGAGGUGCACAGCUGAAGGCACACCUCUUCCAGAUAUUGAGUGGAUGAUUUGCAAGGAUAUUAAGAAAUGUAAUAAUGAAACUUCAUGGACAGUUUUGGCCAACAACGUGUCAAACAUCAUCACAGAGAUCCAUGCCCGAGACAGGAGUACCGUGGAGAGCCAAGUGACAUUCACCAAAGUGGAGGAGACCAUUGCAGUUCGAUGCCUGGCUAAGAAUCUCCUUGGGGUUGAGAACCGGGAGCUGAAGCUGGUGGCACCCACCCUACGUUCUGAACUCACUGUGGCGGCCGCUGUCCUGGUGCUGUUGGUGAUUGUGAUCAUCUCACUUAUUGUUCUGGUUGUCAUUUGGAAACAGAAACCAAGAUAUGAAAUUCGCUGGAGGGUCAUUGAAUCAAUCAGCCCCGAUGGACAUGAAUAUAUUUAUGUGGACCCAAUGCAGCUGCCUUAUGAUUCGAGAUGGGAGUUCCCAAGAGAUGGACUAGUGCUCGGUCGUAUCUUGGGAUCUGGUGCUUUCGGGAAAGUGGUUGAAGGAACAGCCUAUGGAUUAAGCCGGUCCCAGCCUGUCAUGAAAGUAGCGGUAAAGAUGCUAAAACCCACAGCCAGAUCCAGUGAAAAACAAGCUCUCAUGUCUGAACUGAAGAUAAUGACUCACCUGGGGCCACAUUUAAACAUUGUAAACUUGCUGGGAGCCUGUACCAAGUCAGGCCCCAUUUACAUCAUCACUGAGUACUGCUUCUAUGGGGACUUGGUCAACUAUUUGCAUAAGAAUAGGGAUAGCUUCCUGAGCCACCACCCAGAGAAGCCAAAGAAGGAGUUGGACAUCUUUGGAUUGAACCCUGCUGAUGAAAGCACACGGAGUUAUGUUAUUUUAUCUUUUGAAAACAAUGGUGACUACAUGGACAUGAAGCAAGCUGAUACUACGCAGUACGUCCCCAUGCUAGAAAGGAAAGAGGUUUCUAAAUAUUCGGACAUCCAGAGAUCACUGUAUGAUCGUCCAGCCUCAUAUAAGAAGAAAUCUAUGCUAGACUCAGAAGUCAAGAACCUCCUUUCAGAUGAUAAUUCAGAAGGCCUUACUUUGUUGGAUUUGUUGAGCUUCACUUAUCAAGUUGCCAGAGGAAUGGAGUUUUUGGCUUCAAAAAAUUGUGUCCACCGGGACCUGGCUGCUCGCAAUGUCCUCCUGGCACAAGGGAAAAUUGUGAAGAUAUGUGACUUUGGCCUGGCCAGAGACAUCAUGCACGAUUCGAACUAUGUGUCGAAAGGCAGCACCUUUCUCCCUGUGAAGUGGAUGGCCCCUGAGAGCAUCUUCGACAACCUCUAUACCACACUGAGCGACGUCUGGUCUUACGGCAUUCUGCUCUGGGAGAUCUUUUCCCUUGGUGGCACACCCUACCCUGGCAUGAUGGUGGAUUCUACUUUCUACAACAAGAUCAAGAGCGGGUACCGGAUGGCCAAGCCUGACCACGCCACCAGUGAAGUCUAUGAGAUCAUGGUGAAGUGCUGGAACAGUGAACCAGAGAAGAGACCCUCUUUCUACCACCUGAGUGAGAUUGUGGAGAAUCUGCUGCCUGGACAAUAUAAAAAGAGUUAUGAAAAGAUUCACCUGGACUUCCUGAAGAGUGACCAUCCUGCUGUGGCCCGCAUGCGCGUGGACUCAGACAAUGCAUACAUUGGUGUCACCUACAAAAAUGAGGAAGACAAGCUGAAGGACUGGGAGGGUGGCCUGGAUGAGCAGAGACUGAGUGCAGACAGCGGCUACAUCAUCCCCCUGCCUGACAUCGACCCUGUUCCUGAGGAGGAUGACUUGGGCAAGAGGAACAGGCACAGCUCGCAGACCUCUGAAGAGAGUGCCAUCGAGACAGGUUCCAGCAGUUCCACCUUCAUCAAGAGAGAAGACGAGACCAUUGAGGACAUCGACAUGAUGGACGACAUUGGCAUAGACUCCUCAGACCUGGUGGAGGACAGCUUCCUGUAACUGGCAGAUCCAAGGGAUACCUUCCACUCCUGUAGCUGCCUUUGGUUCCCUUUAAGAAAACCACUUUAUUGCAAUGCAAAGGUUGAGACGAGGACUUGGAUGAUGUGGAGAGAGAAGUUCCCAGCCAAGGGCUUCAGGGAACUUUCUAAAUACGAAUAAACGGGAUAUUUUGAAGUGGACUUUUCCGGCAUUGUCUCUUGCAAUGCUUCAGUAGCCUCUCAGUGGUGUGUGAAGUUUGGAGUAGAGGGACAAGGAAAUAUGGGCCACGGAAGACGAACUUUGUGUUUCAAGGGUAUUGGUGAGAUCCUGACGUACACAAUUUGUACUGCAACAAAACUCCAGCAUUGUAAUUAUGUAAAUAACUCUAACCAAGGAUGUGUUUAGAUUUAUAUUAACUAUCUUCUCUGGACUUCUGAAGAGACCACUCAGUCCAUCCAUGUACUUCCGUCUUGAAACCUGGUAUCAGCUGCUGUCAAACUUUCUUAUGAAGUGCAUGCAAAACCACUUUUGAACCUUAAAAGAUACUGGUACUAUUAGCAUCUUUUUUUUUUUUUUUUUGAUAAAAGGUCAUCAUUAACCAAUCUUGUUUAAUAGAUUUGGGUCAUUUAGAAGCCCAACAACUCAUUUUCAUAUUGUAAUCUACAUUUGUAAUAAUACUACUGUUAUCUGUAAUGCUAAGUGUGUAAUAUGUAACAUGAUUUCCCGACAGAGAAAGCACAAUUUUUUUAAACAAACAACUCUUACUAAGUAGAUGACAAGUUUGACCAUUUUUGGCAUUUAUAUUAAAUAACAUAUGUUUCUCUAUACAAUAUGAUAAUAGGUUUAGUGGAUUAAAUGUAGUUGAAGGUAGAGAGCAAAGUAUAAGUAGUGUUGUCUGGGAAGUCAGAGUUUUUAAUUGUGUACUGAACAGGUUCCCUAAUCCGUUGUAUUAAAAAUAAUUAGCUGCCCUCUGAAGUAAUUGGAUUAGAAACAAACAAAACCCAUGGUCCUAAAUGUUCUCAAUAUAAAGGCCUGUGCCUAAGGUGACUUCUCAUUACCCCAUGGAAAAUACAGCAAAAAGACUGGAUUUGAAGAAGUUUUUUAAAUCUGCAAACCUUUAGAGUCAGAAGGAUGCCCUGACAUCAGCCCCGUUCUUUACCUCUUACCCCAGAGAGAAAGAGCAUGAAACUCUGAGGCCAGAGGCAUUGUUAAGUGAAGGCUGCAUGUGCGUUAGCCUGGAUCCUUAGUUCCCAAGCAAGAUUCUGGGUCCCCAUUCCAGAGAUUCUGAAUUACUAAGUCUGGGGAAGAGCAGGAACCUGUUUGGGUUUUUUUUUCUUCUCCACAUUAGGAGGGGAACCUACAUUUUAAUAAACUCCCUGGCUGCUCUGAUCAACCAGUUUUCAGUAACACCAGCUUAGGUUACAGAAAGUUGCCAUGGGAAAGAAAUAAUUUGAAAUUUGGAACUGGACUAGAAGUCAACCACGUAGGAAGCCUACUAUUUAAAUCCUUGGCUUCAGGUCAGUAACAUUUAAUGCCAUAUAUCUAGCAAUUGCUACUCUUAAUUUAACUUUCCAGCCUUAGCUGAGGCUGAGAAAGUGAAAUCUUGGUUUUGGCAGCUCUUCCAAAAUUAAUGACACUGCUUCCCACCACAUGUGGGAACUGGUGCCCCGCGGCCCCCCCACCCCCCCCCGCAGGAAAGGCAUGUACAAAAAUGAUGCAAUUCAGUGUGCCAAGUUUCUGUAUAACCAGGUCAAUAUUUUGGUGGAAAAAAUAAUAAUAAAAAGUUUUACUGAUAUUUUGGGUUUAGAUGGGAGGAUGAAUCGUCACAUCAAUCCAAAUUCUCAAUCUGGCUGUUGUGGGUUCAUUGGCAUUCUUGCAAUACUGCUUAAGUGCUGACACCACAUGAAUGAAACAUGGGCUGUGAUUACCGCAAUCACUGUAUGUGCUGCCAGCAGGUGAUGCUUUGGAAGAUGUAGGAGCAAUAACAAGGUACUUGACUACCUACUGGUGUAAUCUCAGUGCAAGCCCCAACUUUCUUAUCCACCUUUUUCGUAGUAAGUAUGAAGAUUGAGCCAGAUUGGCCAAUUAAAAACAAAAACCUAACUAGGUUCUGUAGAGUCAAUUAGACUUGAAAUACAUUUGUGUUUCUAGAAUCACAGCUUAAGCAUUUUGUUUAUCACUCCCUCUCCCUUGUACAGCCUCAUUUUGUUGGUGCUUUACAUUUUAAUGUUACUUUGAGCCUUGCAUGACAUCAGAAAGCUGGAUGAAAAUUCUCAGACCAGCAGUUUCCAGUCUUAACAGAUGCUCCCACCUGAGUUUAUAUAUGACUGCUUUUUUUUUUUUUAACAGUGUUUUCAGUAUAUCCUAGAUUUGUUUCCUUUUUGGUCUCCUGCAAAGUCCCCAGAAGAAAAUUUUCCAGUCCUUCCUGAUUUCUAUUUUUAUGAUGACAAUCAAAGCUGGCCUGAGAAACACAAUUUGUUACUUUUUAAAUAAUCAAUGAUGUCCUUAAAAUGUGGUCUGCCAAUCUGUACAAAAUGGUCCUAUUUUUGUGAAGAGGGACAUAAGAUAAAAUGAUGUUAUACAUCAAUAUGUAUAUAUGUAUUUCUAUAUAGACUUGGAGAAUUCUGCCAAAACAUUUAUGACAAGCUGUAUCACUGCCUUUGUUUAUAUUUUUUUAACUGUGAUAUUCCCCACAGGCACAUUAACUGUUGCACUUUUGAAUGUCCAAAAUUUAUAUUUUAGAAAUAAUAAAGAGAAAAAUACUUACAUGUUCCCAAAACAGUGUUGUGGUGAGUGUGUGAGAAGAACUAACUUGAUAGGGAGGGUCAACUGAUACAAAAUUCUUACAAAUGCCCCUGUUCAUGUUUUCAUUUUAAAACGUGUAAAUGAAGAUUUUUAUAUUUCAAUAAAUGAUAUAUAUGUAUAAUUUAAAA